GAAGAAGGACACUCACGCCUGGAGAAGAAAGCCUCGCAAGUUCUCUCCAAAGUCAAGGCUGGGCUGUAAAACUUGCAAGAUACGACGGAUUAAAUGCGAUCUAUCUCACCCUUCAUGCUUGAAAUGCCGUUCGACUGGUCGUGCCUGCGAUGGCUAUACUGAAGCAGAUUGCGACACUGCGAAAUGUCAUUUGCAGAACCUCGGAUCCUUCUUGAUCUUACCUAUGACUGAGCCAACCCAAGCAGAGGCAAUCACCUUUUUCAGGGACAUUUCGAUCAAGCAUCUGAAUCAGUACCGCCCUUGCGAAGAGUGGAGGAAUACCCUUAUGCUCUUCUCUCAAACCGUGCCAUCAGUGCGACAUGCUGCUAUUGCACUGGCCUUGAUGCACCGAAGAUACCUAGAUUAUUCUGACAGUCGAGUAUAUCAACCGCCUGCUUUGAAAGACCGACUACCAGAUAAGACGCCUUUGCUAUACUAUAACCGCGCCAUCCAACUCCUGUUGAACACUGAAAGUGGCGAUGCCAAAACCACGGCUGUCACGAUGUUGGUCUGUUAUCUCUUUACCUGCUUUGAUCAUCUAGCAGGAGACGACGUACAAGCAAUGAAACACCUGCGCGGAGGUGUUGCUCUCAUCGAAAACUGUACCUACGAUUCUCAGUCCGGAGUUAGUACGAUUAUCAGCCAGGUCACAGAACAGAUUCGCCGUCUCGACAUGCAGGCCGUCAUGUUCCUGGUCGACUGGACUCCAGCCAACAUCGAAGAGACCUUCCUCUCCCUUGCCCUCCGUGAUAGUACCUUUCGCUCACUCAACGAAGCAGCCGACUACCUCCAGAUCCUCAUCGCCCAGGUAAUGAGGCUGCGCAACACAGAGCAGCAAAUGUGCCCAACGGGUACGAUGCCGGCUUUACCUUCUUCACUCAAGGACCUCGUUCUGGCGCAAUUAGAGACAUGGGAGGGUCUUUUUGAAUCUCUCCUGCGCGGCUCAGGGUCAGACUUUGAAAUUAAAGGCCCUCUUGUAUCACUCCUCCGCUUACAACAUACAAUAGCAUGCAUUCUCCUCCGAUACGGCCCCGGGCGAGAAAUGGACUACGACAAGUUUCUGCCCCAGUUCCAGAAAUGCAUUAUAUUAGCGGACGAAGUUGCGGCGGCGCAUGAGCAGUAUUCGUCGUCAAUGUCAACAUUUACCCCGGAAAUCGGAUUCAUCCCCGUUCUAUACAUAAUAGGCGCUAAAUGCCGACAUCCUACCGUCCGUCGUGAGGCUUUGCGCAUUCUCCGGAGACAGUUCAUUCGCGAGGCGGCUUGGGAUAGUCUCUCUACUGCUAGGGUGGUUGAGCGGGUCAUUGAAAUUGAAGAGGGGCAAAUGGGAGAGUACAUGGAACAGAUUCCUGUAUGGCGCAGAAUCGAGGCAUUGUCUUUUGUGCAUAUCCCCGGGGACCUUCAACGGUCUGCGGCGAGGUUGGAUAUUGAAUAUACGUUCUGCGGACUGGAUGGGAUACACACUGAGUCGGUUAUUAUAGAAUGACAGCAGGCCGUUUGAUCUAGUAUAAACAACUAGUGCAAUGGCUCCUUAUGAUACGAGACAUACUUCCUCCCCCUCCUUAACAGCAACGGCCCCCCAAGCCCCAGCAUCCCAACGCUCUCACUCUCAGGCAUCUGGUCCCCCAUCCACCCAGGCUGCGCCCUCAGCUCCUUCACCAGAUCCAACCUAUACGCCAUAAACAGCGGCACAUGCCGCGAGAUCGCACCCCCAAUCCUCAUCAUGGCAAACGAAUCAAGCACCCUCGUCCACCUCGGCGACCAAGCCGCAUACACCCCCAGCACCAAAACACCCAAGACAUUAAACCCCAGGAGCACCGAACACACGAUAACACCCGCGCGCGAAAUAGCAGGGACCUGUGUAUCAGCCCCUAUAUCGAAACUAACCCUCCGGUCCGCAGAAGACGAAAUCCAACCAGCCGGAUU